AUGGCACAAUAUAGCAAUGGCUACUCGUCUGCCUUUCGAAAACCCCAAGACGACAACUCAAUAAUCGAAGAGUUACGAGCCGCCGCCGUGCGCUCCGUCCGGUUCCUAUGGAGGUUUACCAAGGGUCCAGGUCGGGUCAUGGCCAUCAACGGUCUCAGUCGAUCUUCACAUCAGCUCAAGAGGAAUCUAGUUGCCCGCCGAAUACUGAGCUUUCCUCACUUGCUCGUUGCAUUCUGGGUCAUCGUGCUGUUGUGGGGGGAGCGCUGGGUGUUUCAUAACAAGGUUAACCAGUGUCACUGGGACAAGUGGGAGAAAUGGCCCCCCGGCGCAAAUCCUCACCACCUAGUCUUGGUGGCCGACCCCCAACUGAUAGAUCCGCAUUCAUAUCCUAGCCGGCCAUGGCCUCUGAAUCCCCUAACAUAUAAGAUCACGGACAACUACCUCCGCCGCUCCUACAACCAAUUAAUAUCUCAGCUUGACCCGACCUCGCUUUUCUUUCUAGGUGACCUUUUCGAUGGUGGUAGGGAGUGGAAGACGGCCCAUGGCGAAUUUAAAGAUCCUGAGUGGAACCAUCGGCCAAACUCCGAAAAGGGGCUGCUCAAGAAAUGGUACAAGAAGUAUACCCAUAACUUUUGGCUGAAGGAAUACGGGCGUUUCGGCAACAUUUUCUUUGAUCCCUGGGUCAAGCUGGCUCAGAAAGGACACGUUGAAGGUCAGAGGGGAAGGAAGAUGAUCGCGAACCUACCAGGAAAUCACGAUCUCGGCUUCGGAGACGAGAUCAAGAUUCCCGUUCGUGACCGGUUCGAAACUUAUUUUGGCGAGGGAAACCGCGUAGAUGUGAUCGGAAAUCACACUUUUGUCUCGGUCGAUACGGUCUCGCUCAGCGCUGAUAAGGCAUAUCACCGCAUUGAGGAGAUUUACAAACCGACCGAGCACUUUCUCAAACAAGUCGGCUGGGCGAAGCGCAAAGCUGUUGUCAAGGAGCUACGCCAUCUCAGAGGUGAGGUUGAGGAGGUCAAGUUCUGGCACCGCAUCGAGGAUCUCGAAAAGGCCGAUUUCACAGACACCCCGAAGCUAGUGACUGAGAAGGAUACGGCCGAUUUUCCGACCAUUUUGUUAACUCAUGUGCCCCUUUAUCGGCCACCGGGGACGCCUUGUGGUCCGCUGCGCGAGCAUUGGCCGCCCGCAAAGCCACCAAAGGGCCAAACGGGUCCUGUGAUCCCUGACCACCGCAAUGCCAUCUCCGUUUCUGGCGGCUACCAGUAUCAGAAUGUUCUGGACGAGGAGGACAGCAAGGAGCUUAUCCGGAGCAUUGGGAACGUGGUGCACGCCUUCUCUGGCGACGAUCAUGACUACUGCGAGGUGGUACACAGCGCGGCGCAGGAUAACGUCAAGGAGAUCACGGUCAAGAGCAUUAGCAUGGCCAUGGGAGUGCCCACACCGGGUUUUCUCCUGGUCAGUCUCUACAACCCGAUAGACACCCAAGGCAAGCCGCUGCCUGGUGCGCCCAAGGAGACCAUACAGACGCACCUCUGCUUGCUGCCCAGCCAGCUGGGCACCUUCUCCAGAUACGGGCUCUUCGCCGCCCUCUCGGGCAUCAUCUUGGCGAUCCGCGCGUUCCUCGUCCCGGUCCUGGGCCUCACCCCCUUUGCGCUCGAGCCCCAGCAGGGAGGCGGCUCCAUUCUGCCUAUCAAGGCCAAAAUGGACGACGCCUACUGCCGCACACCCACACACGAUUCGGGCACCUCGAGCUUCCAGUCCCGCGGCUACGGCUACGGCGUCGCACCUCCCAGCAGUAAGAUGCGGCACUCGACGCCCGGCCACCGCGGCACCGGCGGCGGCGGAGGCAAGUGGGGCUGGGGCUCCAACAGCACGCGCACUCCCAAGAUCGAGAUCCAUCCGGACGACGAGGACGACCACUUUGGUAAGUGGAAGGCUGCGAGGUCCAGGGGCGGCCGGCAGCGCUCCCUGGUCGUCUUUCGGGAGUUUUGGACCACGGCGUGGCGGUGUCUGUGGAUGGUUGCCGCCAUAUGGGCCUAUCUCACCUGGAAAGGGUGA